CUUGUCUGUCCACUGCGUUUCUCUCAUAUAGUCAAAGUACAUCGGUCUCUCUCUAUCUCUAUCUCUUAUUAUUACACGUUCUACAGAAGGAUUAAACACUGAUAGAUUGAUAGAUACAUUGUUCCUGCAUCAUAGCUGUAAGAAGGCAUUGAAUGGUAUAUAUCUAUUGACAAUGAGGUUCUGUUGGAGUGAUGAUGAUAAUUAAUAGCUUCAAUGAUAUGCAAUAAGUUUGUGUGAAUUGUAAGCAUUUGUUGAUAAUUAUGAUCAGAUAGGUGGAUUAUUAGAUCUUGGAGACGACUAUCAUUGUUGAGAUUUGAAAUAGUAUUUAGUUUUUAAACAAUGGCUAUCACGGGUUUGCAUAAUGUAUCGUCUUUUCAUUCUUCUUUCUUUGGAGAGUCUCAGCCUCCACUGUCAAGUCAGUGGGGUGAGCAACGAGAUAUGCAGAGCCCACGGGCAUCUUCGCUCUUACAAAUUUGGCGAGAACUUGAGGGUGAGCAUGGGGCAUAUCAUUCUCAUAAGCCAAGGGAACAGAGAAGUGACAGUUUGGAUUCUGACCGAUCAAGCACUGUCACCUUGGAUGGGCAAGGGAAUGAUAAGAGGGACGAUACUUCUGAAGCAGGCAGCGAGACUGAGAAUCAAGGCCGGAUAGGAUCAGAUAAUGAGCAAGAGGAUAAUAACAGUACUAUUACGGAACAAUCUACUGAUUUGGGAGAAGUUGAACGUGAAAGAGUUAGGCAAAUUUUUCGUGGAUGGAUGAAAGGUGGUGCUAAGUGUCAUCCACCUAAUGCUCAGCAUAGAAACAUCUCGAGGCCACAAUGGCUUGGUGAGAAUGAGUGUGAAAGGGUGAGAACAAUUAGAGAAUGGGUGCAGAUGAAUACCCAACAGAGAAGCAGUUGUCGCUCACAUAUAGAUGGAGAUGGUGAAGUUGGUUUUCAGAUUGAACAGAUGCACAAUGAACUGGCGGCCAACCAUUCCAACCUUGGUGCACGGAGGCCUAUUAGAAGAUUAUGUGGUAGACAGACUCUUCUUGAUCUUUUGCUGAGGGCUCAGAGCGAAAGGAAAAGAGAACUACUGAAAUUGUCCGAGUGCAAGCCAGUUUCAAAAUUUGCUCAUCGCAAUCGCAUUCAGGCGGUUGUUAGAGGUAGUUUCCUGCGAAAGCAAAGACUUAUCCUGGACAAGAGAUCUUCGUCUGUGGCUGCAAGUGAAUUGGGUUUGCUAAGGCAAAGACAUACAGUGUCUGAUCUAAGGGAUGGAUUCCUCUCCAAAUUCGAAAAUUCUCCUCAGACUGAGGUGAAUAGCUCUCAGUUUGAUGUGCCUUAUAAUGAUGAAAGUAAUGGCCAAAGAGAUGAGCGAUCUCAGUCACUCGGUGAGAGCAAGGUCACAGGUGAAGACAUGAAUCGACAGGAAUCUGAUGUACAAGUUGCUGAAGUAGAGGAGCCAGUUUUGGACAGUGAAGAAAAUGUCCGAGAAGUGUCGUCCAACAAUGGACAUAUUAGAGAGAAUGAUGUCACUAGAACGUGGGAGGAGAAUAAUGCCAAUGAACAGUCGUUUCAAGCUGAUCAUAUUGAUGGCAGUGCAUGCAGAGAAGUUUUACUUGAUCAUGAUGAACCUAGAAGUAGGGCAAGUGAUGUAAAUGAGUUAAUUGGCAAUACAUAUGAUAUGGAACAGAACAUGAAUGAAGAAUACGUCACUGGGCACCUUGAAUUCGAUUGGCAAGAUGCUUCAGUUCAAGAAGAUGAGUUGCAAGAGUCAGUAAUUGAAUUUGAAGAAAGGGACUGGCGACAGGUAACCAAUGGUGCAUUUAGUGACUGGAUGAAUGGAAGUGGAGAAGAUGUGGGUGGAAGGUGGGAAGAAAGUACUGCUAAUCAGUGGUUUCCAGGAACUUCUAAUAAUGAAAUUGUCGAGCCUGAUCAGAUAGGAGAAUUGCAUGAGGACUGGCAAGGCCAAGAUUUGCAAGAGGCUAUUGAUAGUUGGCUAGACAUGCCUUCUGGAGAGGAAAGUUCUAUUCCAAGAAUUGGUUCAUUUAAUUUCCUCGAAGAUGAAAAUAUUUACAGCAUGGAACUUAGGGAGCUUUUCACCAGGAGACGUGUCUCUAGUCUUCUCCGAAGUGGUUUUCGCGAGAGUCUCGACCAAGUGUUGCAAUCCCAUGUGGAACGGCAAGGUCGUGCUUCUAGUAACUGGGAGCUAGAAAAUACAUCUCCAAACUUAACCAAUACAGACCAGGAACAGCAGAACGGUGAUCAAAAUGCAGCUCACUUGGGGGGUGCUGAAGGAAAUCCAUUAAUUUCCUCUUCAUCACUUGUCUAUGCUUCUCUGCCAUUUUGGGAUGACGAGUUUCUGGGUGCAAGUAGGGCACUGAAUUCUCAUCAGUGCUUUGGAAUUGACUGUGAGGUGAUUAAUGAGUUGAGGAUUGACAUGGCUGGGCUUCAACAAAAGAUGACCAACAUGCAGAGCAUGCUGGAGUCAUGCAUGGACAUGCAAAUUGAGUUGCAGCGUUCGGUGCAACAAGAGCUAUCUGCUGCUUUAAAUCGAUCAGUUGUUUCAACAGGUACAUGUUGGGGAAACAAUAUGCCAAAGGAUGAAUCUAGAUGGGAUCAUGUGAGGAAAGGAAUAUGUUGCAUAUGUUCUGAUAGUAAAAUACAUUCCUUGCUCUACAGGUGUGGGCACAUGUGCACCUGUUCAAAAUGUGCAGAUAGCUUGGUCCAAGACAAGGGGAAUUGUCCAAUGUGCAACGCGCCAGUUGUUGAGGCAGUCCAAGCUUACUUCGUACAGUAAAGGAAGAAGAAAAGCGUAGAUAGCUGAACGUGUGAAAAGAGAGAGAGAAGAAUAAUAAAAAGAAUAGGAAUUCAAAAGUUGAAGUAAGCUGGUUGCUAUGUAGAUUCAGCUAUGGCUCCCUGAGACCUUGGGUAAACGUAGCACCCGGGAGAAUAAGUUGCAUCGAUAUUAUUCCAGUUGAUUUUGGCAUGAGUUGCAAAUGCUGAUUCUUCUUUAUUAAGUGUAAGAUCUGAUUCUCAGAAGCUUUGGUAGGCUGAUAUCUGUUUUGAAAAGGGGCACCAUUGUCCAUACCAAUUGAUUCUAUCCAUUUUGCCUGCGGUUCUUGCAAGAGACUGAACUUCUUGCAUUGUAUAAACUAUAAAUUAAUCUUCAAAUUUAGAAUGUUUAUUGUCUAAGUUAAUUAUUUUUGAUUAAUUUUUUAUGGCAUAA